AUGUCUUCUCAGCAAAUCAAAGAAGUCAAUGAUGCAAAGGAGAAGUGGAACAAGGAAAGUGCACCUGAGGAAAGCCAGGCUAAACACAAAUCUCAACCCCAGAAUGUCAAAAAAAACUUUUCUGUUAGCUCUAACAGUAUCAGAGAGUGGGCUUCGACAGGCUUUGAGUUCUUUGCAGAGUGGUCAAAGGCGGAGCUUUAUCUGAACAGUGAAGAUGAUGAAGUCAAGGAGGUUGAGGAUGACAAUGGGCUACCCAAAGUUGCUCUGGAUGAUGAGGGCUAUGCCAAACUACCUUCUCAUGAUGGUAUCGGACUCAAGGGCCAACAAGAACUGGUGCGAACAAUUUUUCUCGCUUCAUAUAUUGAUCAGUUGGUUUGUAGAAGCUUUCACCCACAGUCGUAA